AUGGCGGAGGACAAGGAUAACCCGCCUGAAGCCACGCCCGGGCCAGACCCGGGUGAAGACACGGAUCCAGGCGGGGAAACAAACGCAGGUGACCGGCAAACUGUUGACGACCUUCCCGUGGGAGAAGAAGAAUUGAAUGGAGGAGCUGAAGCCAUAACAACACCACCACCGGUUCCUGAGAUCACUUCUUCUGACAGAGGAGUUAGCCCUCCUACGUUCACUGUGACAGAAGAAGACGCGAAUUCAAACGGUUUUUAUACUGACGCAGGUGUAGGUGAGGAUCAUGAGUUGCGGCUCGGGAAUGGAGGCGAGUUUCCGUUCCCCGAAGUCAGCGAGGGCUUGUCUCGAAAGGUGUCGUCGGCAGGAUCGGUCUCGUCCACCGGCUCGUCCUCGGAGUCGUCCCGCGCCGAGUCCCGGGUGGACCUGAGCCACCUGUGGGUGCCUGACCCCGAGGAACAGGCCGAGAGGGACGGGAACGGCAGGAACGUGGCCGGAUGGGACACCAAGAAGAGGGUGGAGGCGCGGAAGAAGCUGAUGUCGAUCCGCACGUCCCAGGAGGAGGACACCAUGGACUCCAUCAGGAAGAGACUUGUGGAGGUGAACGACAUGGUCAGCUCACGGGGGUUUGUCUUACACACACUGGACAAGAUGGGAGACUCCAAGAGAGCCCUAGUACACCAAUUGGAAGACCUACACCCAAGAGACUUCAAGAAAAUGUACACAAGUCAUCUAAAGGGUCUGGCUCGGUUCCGACACGCUGUGGAGAUCCUGAUGAUCCUGGUCAGCUGUAGCCGCUUCAGGAGAAGAUAUCACACGGACAAAGUUGCCGACUCCGGAAUGCCCCAGGCCGCCUCUGAAGACACGUCAUUCAGCUCCAAGAACUACUCCAACAAAAGCAGCAUCGGCUGGGAGUUGGAGAUGCACCUCACCACGCCGCCGGAGAUACGCAGUCAGGACCAGAUCAAAAAGAUCGUCAGAUACCUGAAAUCCACCAAGCCGUUUUCUGUCUUUCCAACCGACAUGGAGAACGAGGUGGCCAGAUGUGUCGCGUAUGAAAGGUACGACAACGGCCGAGUGAUCGCCUUCCAACAGAGAAAACCGGACCGCUUUUACUACAUCUUAACGGGCAGAAUCAACCUAGUGCGCCUCUACCAGUUCUCAUCAUCAAGUGAUGUCGCCAAGUCCAUGGGUUUCCUGGCCAAGGGGAAAAACUCAAAUACAGAAGAGAUGGAGACUCAGUGCCCAGGAGAGUACACCAUGGUGUGUAAGGGACAGGUGGAGGUGCUGCUUAUUGAGAGGGAGUAUUACUUUUAUCUACAAAACGUCCAGUCCGAACCGCCCAUAGACUUUCUCAGGUCCCUGAACCUUUUCCGAGACUUUCCCUGUGAACUGUUCCUAGAUAACAAGGAAUCAGUCAUACAGAGAUAUUACGGGAAGGACAAGUUGAUUCUGAAGGAGAACGCGGAGACACAGUGGAUGUACAUCGUCAAGUCGGGGAAGUGCAAACUGGUCCGGCGGCAGAGUGUGGAAAGCGCCAACAACUCUCACCUGUUCCGGGGCAAGCGGCCGGAAGAUGUGGCGUGUGGCAGGCCAUUCAGCCAUGCGGACGCAAUGAUGUCACAUCAACUUCAAGCGAAGAGGAAAACAAUGUGGCCGCUCUACACCCCAACCUAUAGCUUUGAAGACGAACUGUUAGAAGCCAUGAAAGACCCGUUCCUGACGUCCUUUACCACCAACAUCAACUCUAGACAUCGCGAUCGUGUCAGAAAACCGCGUGGGCGGAUCCACCUGCCUCCCUUGAGACACCCGCUGACGCCGCCGGGCAGUGACGGGACGUCCGCAAGGAGCCGCCGGUCUGAGGUGGGCCGGUCCCGGGUCGGGAGACUGUCCCACACAGACGGGGACAUCCAGGUGUUCCUACAGGACACGGUCGGCAACGUCACCGACUCUCCAUCCUCCGUCAGACACGCGUACUUACAACUCGGCUUCGUCGGACCGGGGGAAAUAUUCGGCACAGCCGAUCUACUGAAGAACUAUAAGGACCCGGAUGACGAGUAUAAGGACGAGGUGCAAUCAGUCAGCCUGGUGAGUGACGGAGCGGAGUUAGUUCUCAUCAACAAACGGUUCUUCCUGAAGUACGCCAGUAACCAGGCACUCAUGAAGAUUCAGGCUGCGCACAGUGACGUGGUCUCCCCUGACACGGCCACGGAGUCACUGACCCAGCAGGACACGUGGGGUCAGUACAAGAAAGUCGUCAUGAAGAAGCUCAUGAGCCCGAACGGCGUCCUCUUCCGGAGUUCACAAUCAUGACAGGACAGUUGUCUAAUGCUGUGUGUCGUAUCAAUGAGGUUUAAACCGCCUUGGUUUUAUCAUUAGUGCAAUUGAAAGAAGACAGAACGCGAUUUUUAUGCGUGUUAUAUAGAAUUGUACGCAUAUCAAUACCCUAAAAUGUC